CCUGCCGAACCGCAUCUUCGACCACCACAACCACCUCAAUUCAGACUGCUACGCAAUGGCUUCUCCAGCUUCGCUAGGCUCCCGAGCCUUGCGAGCUAGCCGUCGUCAGUUUCCUGUUCCCAACUUACAACGAAGAAGUCUGGCCGCAGCAGCUUCCGGAAGCUUUGGAUACGAGACUGGUGAAGCCAAUGGUGUCAAAUUCGCAAGCAGAGAUUUGCCAGGACCGACAACAACCUUGACGGUCGUCGCGAAAGCUGGCACACGAUAUCAGCCGCUCCCGGGCCUGUCCGAUGCUCUCGAGAAAUUUGCCUUCAAGUCUACCUCAAAACGAUCGACCCUGCGGAUUACUCGAGAAACAGAGCUGCUGGGGGGUGAGACGUCGGCAUACCACUCUCGCGAAAACCUCGUCCUACGAGCCAAAUUCCUUCGUGAUGACCUACCGUAUUUUACCGAGCUGUUAGGAGAGGUUAUGACGAAAACCCGGUACACAACUCACGAGCUCGAUGAGGAGGUCACGUAUGUCAUGAAGCUGGCGCAGAAGGGCCUCCUUGCCAGUCCGGCUUCGCUUGCGCUCAAUUCGGUUCACGGGGUCGCUUUCCACCGUGGUCUGGGAGAACCACUUUACGCUACGUCCUCAACGCCCUUCACGAAGUACCUCGAUGCCGAAACCAUCUGGGAAUUCAGUGGGGCCGCGUACGCCAAAAACAAUUUCGCUGUGGUGGCCAACGGCGCCAGUCACUCGGAAUUGUCCAAAUGGGUGAAUGAAUUCUUUGCCGAUGUUGGAACCGGAUCCCAGAAGUUCAAGAUUGAGAGCCAGGCGACAAAAUAUUUCGGAGGCGAGGAAAGAAUUGCACACGACUCUGGAAAUGUCAUGAUCCUGGGAUUCCCUGGUUCCAGCUCGUUCACGUCUGGAUCGUCAUACAAGCCAGAAAUUGCGGUUCUUGCAGCCCUCCUGGGAGGAGAGUCAUCUAUCAAGUGGUCACCAGGUUUCUCUUUAUUGUCCAAGGCCGCAAAAGACUUCCCCUUUGCACAGGUCUCGACUCAACACGCCGCCUACUCUGACGCUGGGCUACUUUACGUCACGAUUGCCGGCAAUGCCCAACAUGUUGCAAAGGCCAGCAAGGAGGUUGUCGAUACGCUCAAGAAGGUCGCUUCAGGCGAUGUGGCCGAGGAGGACAUCAAGAAGGCUACGGCCUUGGCGAAAUUCAGAGCUCUCGAAGCCGGACAACAGACUCAAGCCGGUCUUGAAGCCACAGGCACUGGACUGCUCGCUGGCGGCAAGCCUUUCCAAAUUGACGAGGUCGGCGCGGCAAUUGACAAGGUAACCUCAGAGAAGGUCAAAGCUGCUGCGAAGGGCUUACUAGAAUCCAAGGCUUCGGUGUCAACGGUAGGAGAUUUGUUUGCUCUUCCAUUUGCCUCAGACAUCGGUUUGACAGUCUAAGAGAGACGUCGUCAGUCUCGGGCUGGCAUGGCUGGAGGCGUAAAACUUGUAAAUAUCAGAACAGUUGCACUAAGAAGUUAACAAACAUGGUUUCCGUUUUCGUUCUUA